AUGAGCGAGAGUUUAUCGGUUGAUGAUGCGCCGACGCUGCGUUUCCGACAGCUACAUCAGGAUCUAUUAGCGUUUGCUGGACAGAGUAUGACAGAUGAAGAUACACCAUUGUUCAUGACGAACCUCGUAGCAGCAGCACCGGAUCUGCUUGAGCCGUUAUCGUUGACACCAUGUAGCGCCUCGGAACGUGCGGCGCUUAAAGCCAAUACAGUGAACGUGAGUGGCAAACACGUAGAUGUUUCACCGCUUAUUCAACAGGAAAUUUGCAACCUCAGUGACGAGUUUCGUGUUAGUGAGAAGACGUGCCUUGAGUUUUGGCUCUUAGCUAGUGAGCAACAGCAGCGGGAGUCGGUCGAACGUACCGAUCAAUUACCGCCCGGUACGAUUGCUGACUCGGUACCGAACGCCGCGCGGUAUUUCUUAACGUCUGAGACAGAGUACAAGCUUCAUUUACUUAAAGAGUUAUUGCGUCUACGUCUUGAGACGAGAUUGGACAAGCAACGUGCACAAUUUCUCGUCACGUAUACAAACAAGCUGUUAACAGAAGAUCUAGUGUCGAAGCUGGUCAAUGCUUUUGAUAAUGAACUGGUACAGCUUGCACAAGUGCCUCGGAUGGAGCAAAGUGUGAGCUAUUGGCACACGCUGGUAGCGGAUUGUUUAGUGUUUAUCGUGUCCAGUACGUUGAUGCUGGCGGAAGAAGUUGAGAAGCUUGCAAAGCUAUUGAAGACGUUGUGUGGACGGCUGAAUACUGUGGUGGCAAAGGUCUCACCACAUAUUGUGAACCUCUCGUCGUUCGCGCAGUUGUUUGAAGGUGGAUCCCUGGCAGGCACAUCGCCAGAAGGAGCGGUACGACAGGUAUCCUGUAUGUUGCAGACGACUACUGCAAUUCAGGUGGCGCUGUUUGCCGUGUUGUUACAGAAAAGUAGAAAAAUGGAUCGUGAAACAGGUAACAUGAAGAGUGGCAUUGCAUUGUGCCGACGAGAACACGCCCCCGUGGUAAAAGAGUUGCACCACAUUUUUUUCGAGGACGAGUGGGAACAGAAGAGUUUCCAGAGCGUUGCAGUACUCGCAUGGGCUGGAUUUCUUGCAGGUAAUGACGAUGGCAACAGCAGUAAUAGCAACGUCACUUUUGUUGAGGCAGAAGCUGCAACGCGGGCAGUCAAAAAGGCAAUUGAAGAACGCGUUUUUCAUACGUUGGUUGAGGUGCAACUUAAAUAUUUGCCAGAUCGAAAGCGUGAUCUACGGUUGUACAACAUUUACGAACGGAACUUUGAGCUUUUGUUCCGUACGUAUUCUUCCAAGAUGAUGAUUGACGUACCUACGGUCGCUGACAAGACCGCGCUAGCUGCUAUGCAAUCCGAAAGUAACGGUGAAGUAGCUGCGUGGACGGGUGACUGCCUGGAAAACAUUAUUGAUUUUGCAACAGCGUUGUGCGCUCGCAAUACAAUGUUCUGCUGUUCGUUUUGGCGCAGAACAAACCACGAGUUUGACUUUCACGGCAGCAAUGGUAGUGUUACCGAAAGCAAUGCAGAGGACGACCUGCGACAGCCUGAGUCACAUCCUGACAGUGUUGAUGGUGGAAAUUGUUACGAUUUUUUGGUCUCUUGCCGUGAUACUGCGCUUAAAAGUCCUGGAUGUCUAGCUGCAUAUUUACGAUUAGUUGCAUCCGCCGCGAGUGGACCAGAGUGUGCCCAGCAGGCAUUCCGCCACAUCAAGCAGAAUCCACCGCAACUUAGCUGGGAUCAGUUCUUUGUCGUGAUGGCAAAGUACCAGCGACUCCUUACAGAUGCUGAGAAACCUGCUGGAUAUUCACCGCUCAUGACCGUUGGCGUUACCCAUGGUGCUGGAAUCAAUAGCAGCACAUAUAAUAAUGUGAGCAGUACAGCGAACCCUGGCCCCCGAUUCAUUCGCCCUAAGGAAUUGGAAGCACUAGAAACCAUUCAGCUACUUAUUCAAAAAGUGAUUUCGGAUCAUCAGCUGGCACUCAUCUUCUUUCACAACCAUGAUUGGUCUCCAAUUCCGACAUUUGUAGCUUUUCUUCAGUGUCGCAUCCCCAGUUCGCUCAAGGGCUCGAUCAUGAGGACGCUCGCCGUCUUUGCACGGGUAUCGGACAUUGCGCCAUAUGUAUGGCGCCAAGUAGACGCGUUGCAAAUUUUGCGUACAACGGGGGAUACAUCAGUAUAUGGCAACCAGGAUAUCAGCUAUGAACUUGAGCAUUACGAGUCUUUGAGCAGGACGUACCCGGCAACGAGAGGGUUUGUUACACUACUGUACGAAUUGUUUGAAAACCCUCACGCCUGGAAGUCAUUCGAAGGUGACGGUCGUGUCGCUGCGAUUCAGUUCUACUUUGAGUUUUUGCUCGAACACGUAUUCCUGAAGUUUGACAUACGAAAGUAUGAGCGACAAGAAGAAAAGUGGGAUUUGGUGAACGGCACCCUCGCAAUUUUCAAGAAAAUCUUACGUAAUGCAGACACAUCAACCACCGAGGGUAGCUUAUCGUAUCAGGUGCUGGCUCGAUUCUUGUCGAGCAAUCCUUUGUUGAACAAAGUGUUAUCUAUUCUAUCUGGGGAUGGAGGUGUAGAGAAUCUGGAGAACACAUCGACGGAUAUGCACCUUGAGCAUGCAUUUUUUUACUGCCUUGACAUUGUCAAGCGCGAGACUGAGGUCAAGCACGGGUCCCUGAACUUUGUUAUUGAUGUAUCAAAAAAACCUAGCGAUACGUACCUGACCAAAACUACAGCAGUUGCUGCAUUGCGAGAACGGUGUGUGCAGCAUGCACUCGAGAUUGUGGUCUUGGUCCUGGAGAAGGACGUUCAAUUUGUGAACACCGAUCUCAACCGUCAACUUUCGCACGGGCUGCAAGUGGAGAUGAUGCACACUAUCUUGUGCCGUCACCGUUCAGACUUUGUGAACAUUAUCAAGUACAUAAAGUAUUCCAAGUCAACUCACAUUCCGCAUCUAUCAGCUGUAAUUCUCCGUCUGGUGAGCGCGCGCAUGAGCGGAGCUGACCUUGUCGACUUGCUUAUCGACAGCGAAGCAAGCGCAGAUAUUACAAUCGGCUACAUGAAUCGUUUGCUGAACCUUUAUGACGAUGAUGAAAACGAGCACGCCAAGAAUGAAACGGAUGAGCAAGAUACUGACCCCGAGUCUUGUAACCUACGAUCAUCGCGGAGACGGAAGCGUCAAGACAGCCGCACGAUAUCUUCUCCGUUCGAACUGUUUGCUCAAGAGACAUCCCCGCCUUCGAUUCGUGCUGCGAUUUUGGAUCUGCUUCUUGAAAAUUUGAACAAGCCGGCGCCGAACUUGGCGCAUCUCCUACUAGGCAAUGUAGGACAGCGUGGAGAUUUGAAUACUGCAAUAGUGCCAAUUUCUUACAUGAAGACUGGUCUCGCCGCUCUAGUCACGCUCGUAUCGAACGCGGACUUCGGCUUGGAGACACCAGAAUUGGCGGAGCGUUGCUACCACGUCCUGCAUCGUCUGAUAACUCAAGAGUUUUCGUCUCCGAAUACUAUAACUGCAUUGGAAAGUGCUCCAAACGACUACUUCGUCUCUCAGAUCCAGUUGUUUAGUCGGGUCUACUGCGUAACAAGGAGAAAGACGGCUGCUGCUACUAUUGCUGAGCUGAACAUGCGCGGGUGGUUUUUUAAAACACUAGCGGUGUACCUGCAUGUGGGACUGCACAAAGAGCCCCCGCACAUGAAGAAGAUCAACAAGCUGAUGAGACAGUUGCUGUCCGUAUCAGUAGGCAGCCGUAAUGACCAUCAUGCUAUUGAACCAAUGUUGCUGAUUCAGCUACUUGAUGAAUGUUCGUUCCACAUCUCUCCGCCGCCAGUGCCGACAAACCAGCACGUGGUGGCCUUGGCUGAACAGAUGACCGCGACUGUGGAGCUGGGUUGCUACUACAAGUGGCUAAAAAUUGAUGUUGAGCGCUUUUGCCAAGCGCUUCAGACACUUGAUUUGACGACAACGGAUGACGGGAUGGGCGAUUACUAUUCAUUGUCAAGCAAAAGGUUUCGCGUGAAUGGAGAUGGUACCAGCAGUUCUAGCACAGAGGCAGCCGCUGAGAGGUUUAUCCAAUGGGCCAUCCAAUGGAACAUUUACUCGGAGCGAAUUGCUGCUGAAAGCCAUGCUUUGAAUUCGCUUCGCGAGCUUAUGGAGGUGAUUGUGCUGGAAUACCUUGUAUUGCCCCGCGAACAAGAACUCGAGACACCAGAAAUGUGGCAGGGGUUGGAUGCUGUUGCGUCCGCAGAAGGGCGGCUGGAACUGAUGAGCGGUAUUGUGGUAGCGGUGCUGAGUAAACUGGGUGAGAAGGCAAGUGCCUCUGCUCAGUUGUUUGAGAUUAUUUCUAGGAUCGCUUUGAUGGUCUUCUCGCAGCUCAGCUAUACCGAAGAUGAGAGCCAGCCGUUGGCUUUACCAGCGAGCCGUCAUCGCCAAAGCAUAGGCUUCCUAGAACUGCUGUUUCGUUCCAUCUACAGCAGCGCUGCAGCGACAGGAAACCCGUCAGCUGCACGCAGCUCUCGAACACUUUUGUACUCCUGCGUUGUUCACGUGCUGCAUACGUUGCCGAGCAAUGCUUCGCAGGAUUCGGUCUCGUCAAAAUCUGGUUUCGUGAGCUCUGCGUUAAGUCAGGACCAGCGUGUUCGACACCUUCUUACCAACCAGGUUGUCGAUUUGAUUUGCAAGGAUGCAAGUGAUGGCGAAGAUACUCUCAGCAUGGCACUAGCAGUGUCAACGCUAGAGUCUUUGAUCGCUUUUGUAGACGACUCAUCACUUGUCUCAAUAUUCCGUGAACGUGGCUAUCUCUUGCACUUCAUUGACAUCUUCAAGAAGAUCAGCGAGAUGGAUGCAGUCGCCUUUGAACGAAGUAACGGCAGUUCAUCCAUGGUGAGAAGCAGUGUCCUUCCUCAUGGACUGGAUACUACAACCAUUGGCACGAUGUAUGAGUGUUUUUUGUCGCUCUUCGCCCGGGUUGCUGGGUCACAGGAAGGAGCAGUAGCUCUGUUGGAAGGUGGCUUGGUUCGUGUACUAUCCGAUGCUCAUAACCUACCAACACAUCGACCACAGUAUUUUGCCCAGAAUCAGCAAAACACUGUACCAUCCUCUACUGCAUCCAUUACAGCUUUCGAGCGCGUUGAGGCUGUAUACUACCGUAAGUGGCUUCCCGCUGCGCGUCUGCUAAGCGCAAGCUGUGCAUCGUUGCCUAAGAACCGCACGCUUACUAGCCAAGUGCUCUAUUUCGUGAACAAAAACCGGAAGCUGUUCACAUCAGCGCUGAAGCUGUGCUCAGGCGGCUUGCAGUCGCAGCCGAUCUCUGUCAAUCUUCUCCGCGAGGUAUCGUACGUGACGUUCGUCUUUCGCUACGUUACUCAGUUUCCUGACUUGUGCGAUCAAACGCUGGCAACAGCCAAGUGGGAGAAAACCUCACAGUUGAUUCUUCAGGUCUUCUUGUGCUACAGCGCAGAACUGGUGCCUCCCAGCGGCGACGACGAUGAAAUGAGUGACAGAAAAAGCGUUUCGUGGUGGGACAACAAGACUGCGUCUUCUGCGGAGGAACAACGCAACGCGGCCAUUCAGCACUUCUCUUGUCGAAGUUGCGACGAUAGACUUUUGGAGCAAUGUGAUGCUGCAGCCAUAAAGUCCAGUGGCAGCGCAAGUCUGCUGCACAUGUCCUUGCUGGACGAGGAAAAGCUGUACGCGUCUCGAAUGAUUUUGUGCAAUGCUGCGGCUUUCUGCUCGAGUCGAAUGAUUCUCGCAGUGGGCGAGGAUAAUGCCGGUCGCGCUGCUCCGCUGUUGUCAAUCGCGAACAAAGCACAGUUGCAGAAUCGAAACCAGUUCCCAUCCAUGUCCUCGGUGGACCAACGCGCAUUUGUGGCGGCUACAGACCCGCUGUGGACUCUUGCUCCGUCACUUGAUGAGUUUACGGCGCGCUUUGACUCAGUCGUGUUCGCUCUAGAAACGAGCAAGCAGCUGGUGAAUGCGCUUACAGCUCUCAAGAACGAUGCUGCUUCGGUACGCUCGAAUUCUGUUUCUUCUGCGUCGUCGCAGCGAUCUCUUCGCCGGUGCGAGCACGAGUGUGAUACUACACCACUAGAGAAUGUACUAGAGUACCACACCGACAGCUUGGCGUUCAUUGUGGAAAAUAUGCUUGUGGUGCUGCUUCUACACUUCGCACACUACCUAGGACGAUCGGAAGCGGCAGCCAACAAGGGCGUUGUGCAACAGACACUUGGCAAAGUGCUUGCCAUCGUCAGCGACAUCGAGAACAACCCCUUCAUCCACGCUAUUGCUAGAAAACUGCGGGACUUAGCGUCGAGCACUAGUUAA